UAAUUAGAAAACAGAGUAUGCCAAGGAAGAAACCUCAGAGUAAAAGGAAAGAUCAGAAGCCAAUACCUCAAGAAGGAACUGAUGACAAGGAUAAGAAGGCCUUAGAAAAGAAGCUGAAGAAAUGAAGCUAUGAGAAAGGGUAUAUUAAUCAAGAACUCUUUGCCUGCGAAACAUGAUAUAAGAAGAAAGAGGAUGAAGAAGUAAAUGAGCCAAACAAGUAUGGAAGAUCUGUAGAGCCAGCUGGAAUCUGCUUGUCCUGCCUCAUAGCCUGUCAUCAGGAUCAUGAGGUCUAUGAGAUCUGGAGAAAGAAUAACUUUAGAUGUGACUGAGGGAAUGCUAAAUUUAACUCAGAAUGUAGAUUGAACCCAGAUAAAGAUCCCUUGAAUAGUGAAAACUCCUAUGACCAUAAUUUUUAUGGGAGAUAUUGCCAUUGAGAUGAAAAAGACAAUGGUGAAGAUGAUCUGUACCAGUGCACUUACUGUGAAGACUGGUUCCAUCCAAAGUGAUUGAAGCCUGAUUUCACUGUCAAAUUAGCUUCUUCUGACAAAAAGGAGAAAGCCAAUUGGAGGAUUAUUUGCAGAAACUGUUGUAAAUAAACUAGAAAACUUUAAGUGAAAAUCUUCUAAAAACAAGCCAAACCUCGACACUAAAGAAGCAGUAGGCCAAAGUAAGUCCUCUGAAAGAGCAAGAAUCACUCGUAAAAGGAAGAGAGAUGAGCUCCUCUCUCAAGAAAAUUCUCAGCAAGAUCCGAAGCAAUCAAAAAUCCUUAUGCUCACUCUAGCAUAUCCAACCUUAAAGAGUCCAACUAGCUUUCCUUAUAGACUGCUGAGUAAUUUCUGGAAGAUACAUUACCCCCUUGGUAUCUCAGUAAUCUUCACAUUCUUCAGAGAGAUGGAACCUAAAGAUGCUCGAUUAAUAGUCCAAAUAGAGCAGUUCUCAUCUUCAAAAAAAUACAAUCAUACUUUAUAACUAUAGCAAGUUUACCCAAGAACCUGAGUUGU